UUUCCAUUUCUCACACUCAAAUUGCGACACACACAAAAACACCCACAACUCCCUUUUUUUCUUUCUAAACCCAAAACAUUCAUUUCAAAUUAAUCAACCAUGCCUUUGCCUUCAUCUUUCUCCACCCUCAGUACCCUCUCCACUCUCUUCAGGCGGGGAUACGCGACGGCGUCUGCAGAAGGAGUUGCGGCUAGAAUUAGCAGCAUUAUGAAGAAGAAGGAAGAAUCUUUAAGAAUUGGUAGAGAGAAGAUGGCAGUGUCGUGGGUUCCAGACCCCGUUACCGGUUAUUAUAGACCGGAGAACUGUGGGGCGGAGAUGGACGCUGCCGAUCUCCGGGCAAUGCUCCUAAACCCAACAACAAAGUAAUUUAUUUAAUCAAUCUGUAAAGCUAAUUAAGAACGUAGAAUCGAGAGGUUUAGCGUGAGAGGAAUUAGGAUUGGAUAAUAUUGUUGGGAGAAUUACAUGCCACAACACAAAUUGGUGAGGUACACAAGCAGAUAGGUAGUAUUACUCCAGGAUCAACCAAAAUAUUUUUCUUACCAUCUUUGGAAGUGUCUGCUGUGCUGUUACAAUUAUUACUAUUAGUUCAAUAAAAUUUUUACAUAUAUAGUUGUGGAUCCAA